AUGGCUGUAGUAUCCUCUAUAGCAUCAAGCAAAACUUCUAAAAUAUUUCAUCUUAUUUGGCUCGAUGCUUCAGUAAAUGAUUUUGAUCACAAUUACCAAGUUCAACAACAUCUUCGAACAUUAAUUAAUCGUUUAAGAACAUUUGAAUCUGUUGAUGUAUAUGAGCAAUACAUUCAAUCAUUAUCUAAAGAAGAUCGAAUUUUUCUUAUUACUAAUGGUCAAUUAGGUCGACAAAUUGUUUCUCAUAUAAAUCAACUGCAACAAAUUUCUUCCAUUUAUGUUUAUUGUAUGAAUAAAAAUUUCAAUGAUGAAUGGGCUAAGCAAUAUUCUAACUUUUGUAAACGAUAUUAUAAAAAAGAUCAAAUCCAAUUAAAUAAUAUUCAAGAAUUUGAAAAUAAUUAUACAUCAGAUAAAGCUUUAUGGUGGAAUACAAAAACAAUUCGUGUUUUUAUCGUUUAUUAA